CUCGCCGGCGAACCCAACCUUCUCUUUGCGACUGCACUUGCACCCCAUGGACAUGGAGGAGGCGCAUCUGGAGUACAGGACGGUGUGGUCGGAGCCACCCAAGAAGCCGGCGGGGAGGACCAAGUUCAGGGAGACGAGGCACCCGGUGUACCGCGGCGUCAGGCGGCGGGGGUCGCGCGGGAGGUGGGUCUGCGAGGUGCGCGUCCCGGGCCGCCGGGGGACCAGGCUCUGGCUCGGCACCUUCGCCACCGCCGAGAUGGCCGCGCGGGCGCACGACGCCGCCGUGCUGGCGCUGUGCGGGAAGGGGGCGUGCCUCAACUUCGCCGACUCCGCCUGGCGGAUGCCGCCCGUGCCGCCGGAGGCGGCGGCGCUCGCCGGCGCCAGGGGGGUCAAGGACGCCGUCGCCGAGGCCGUCGAGGCGUUCCAGCGGCAGCAGUGCCCGUCCCUGUCCGUCGCCUCCACGGCGCCCUCGUCUCCCGCCGAGACGGUCGCCGACGACAACGACGACGACGAUGACAAACACAUCUUGCCGGUGCCGGCGACGUCCCUCGUUCCCGACGCCGCGUUCGAGCUGCUCGACGACGGGUUCAGGUUCGGCGGGAUGGACGCCGGGUCGUACUACGCGAGCUUGGCGCAUGGGCUGCUCGUGGAGCCGCCGGCCGCCGGAGCGUGGUGGGAGGACGGCGAGCUCGCCGGCUCCGACAUGCCGCUCUGGAGCUACUGAUCUCGCCGGUCAGCAGCAGAAAUUUUGCACAAAUUUUGGACGAAUUUGUUUCCCCGGGAACAGAGUAGUUGGGAAUUUCGAGCAGAGUAGGCAGUGGGACUGAGGAAUGGCAAUUUUGUGAUUUUCAAAUUUGGUAGAUUUUCUCCUCCUUUUAUGUGAGAGCUUUCCCAUUUCUAAUCAUGGGGAGGCUGAUUUGUACUAGUACUAUUUUAGGCUGGUGAUAAUUGAACAAUGACUCAAUGAGUAACACGAUGAAUUUGAUCCGAAUUUGAGUGGACAGUCCAUGAAUUCAUGUGAAUUUACU